AUGGGUGGAGACGGGAGGAAGAGAUCCCCCUCUCCUUCCCCUUCGCCGUCUCCUACUGGCGGGGUUUCUCCUCGGGAGGGGGAGAAGAGGAAGAGCGGAAAGAGCGGAAAGAGCAGGAGCCAUAAGGCGGGCGAGGGGGGGAGUUCUGGCCGGAAAGAGGGGAAAAAGAGACGAAGGGAGGAGGAUGAGGGCAAGAGACGGAGAGGAUCGCCGGAAUCCCACAGCAGGAGUCGCGAUGAUAGAGGUCCAGUUCUUCUUGUUUUCGUCCAGAGGUUUUGAUUCGGCGGGUACGUGCCUUUCUAACUCAUGUUUGAUGGUAUGUAUGGAAUGAACCAGAGGAGAAGAAGAGGAAGAAGAAGAAGAAGAAGAAACUGAAGGAAAAGGAGAAGCUCCAGGGCAACGGCGGCAGAAACUUAGAUUCGGUGAGUUUCCCCAUCUCUCCCGAAAUGGACAAUUACUUCUUUUUUCUUUCUUCUUUUGGGACCGAUUCCCAUCUACCCUUUGGAGUUUUGCCGCAAAUGGUCUGGAUUUAACUUCUUGGGCGCUCGAAAACAUGGAGAAUGUAUGAUGUCUGUGUAUGCUGUCAGAUCCUAGCCUCGAAAUUGAAACAAAAACGGGAAGAACGCCACCUCUAGAGGUCUCUUCAACCUUUUAUCCCUACGAAAUAAAUGGAAGUGGAAGAAGGUGAUCGCAUUGAGGGGUCCCAUGAAUACAUACAUACCCAGUACUUUGCUUCAGAUUUCCAUCCAAAUUGGUGGACCCCACGAGAGUUUGCCAUAUCUUUUGUGGAGGGCGGUAUGCUCUUCUUUCUUGGAUACCAGGUCCAAUUCUGAAGCAACGUUUCUAAAAACAGUGAGCUUUUUUGCAAGCAGGAGUUAGUGCUCCAUUGGGUACCUUUCAUGAUAACCUCUUUGGAAAUGCCAGAUACUUGCUCAGACCUGUAUCACCUCUCAGAGACUUGUAUCCAUAUCCACUAACAAGGUGUCAAACCAGUAUGACUGUGGUUUGUUGGACUGUGGUUUCUUACUUCGACGUUAUUAUGUGAUCCCUGUUUGAUUCUUCUUUUACUUACGAGCUUGAAUCAUUGACUAGGAAGGGAAAUUCAAGGCUUUGUUAGGUUCUCAUAUUAUCUCUGAGUCGUAACUCUUUCAUUGGGAGGAUCUGUGAUAGCCAGCUAGUAGGAUUCUAUAUCCUCACAGUGAAAAGUUAGACGAAUGAAUGUCAGAAGAUGACCUCGUCAAGGAGAUGAUAAUCUAAGAUAAUAGUAUCAAUUUUUGUAUGUGUUGAAGCCCCUUUGUGUGUAUGUAGGAUGAUGUCCAUUUUCAAGAUCCAUCUGUGGGAUGAAUCCUAUGGGAGACUUGUUAGCAUGGUAUUUUAACGAUUAGACUAAAGUUCAAACUAUGUCUUUGGGCUCAUUUGAUCAUUAGGUUCAGGCCCGUUCUCGCCAUAUUUUUUCUCCAAAACUUUCUAAUUCAUUUGAAGCACUGCCUAACUUACCAAAACUCAUGGGAUUCUUGGAAUUUUAGUUGCCAUGGUAAGUUUUUCUCUAAUGGAUUGGAAAUAGGGUUCAUAUCUUGUGUCUUUUCAAGUCUCAUGAAAAGAUAUAAGAUCACAUGUUUUUAAAGAAAUUCAGACAGUCAAAUUCAAUGAAAAAAAUGCAGAAAAUCGCACUGCUACAAUCUGUUAAAAGUACACGCAAGGAAACAAGCAACAUCAUAAUUUAGUGAUUUUACCUUCUUUUCUAACUAUUGCUAUGGAAGAUCAAGGGCAAAAUACGACUAAGUCAUCUCAUUCUUUUUAUACCAUGUGUAGUUGGUUGGCCUCUUUUUAUCAGUACAUAUUCUGGCUGGGCCAAAUAUGCCCGAGAGCAUUACUAUCUUCUCUGCAAGUCCAGCCAUUCCCUCUCCCCAACGCUUAGUCUGGAGAGGUGUGGUACAAGAAGUAAGAUACCCCAACAUAAUGAUGACCCAAGAAGGCCUUUCAAUCCCUCAGAAGCCUCUUGAUUUCUAUUUCACUGGGUCCGAAUUGUCUCCCCCAUUCACUUGAGCUGGAGUGGGAAAGUGGAAAGAGGGAAGGGAAAAGGGAGUGAAAACAGAAGAGGAAGCCUGCUUCAGGAAAGGGUGAUCAUUGGCUCCUCCUCUCAGAAAAGCACAACUCUGGCCCACUUCAGGAAGUCAACGUCCUACCCAUUUUAACAAGUCUAGCCUAGUCCACUCCAAACAUACAAAAAUCCAAGUCACAAGUCAACUAGUCGAAAAAAAGUAACUAAAGAAAGAGCCAUUUGUGGACUUUCUUUCUUCCAACUCAUUUGACUUUGUGGACGUUAUAUCAAAUGUUAUGUGAACUCAGUGUCCAGUAAGUAAUCUGGGCUACUAGUAAUGGGGCCCCGGCCUAUAUGUCCUCUUAGAGAGCUCGAAUCAAGUGGCUAUUUGACCUUAUUGGAGUCUGGAGCCCAAUGGUCUAAGUCAAUGCAAAUUAUAUCAAAUAGAUCUCGUGCAAUAUACUAUGUGCUUUGUCUUCAUCCUAAGAAAAGAUUUAAAUGGGCUUCAUCCUAUCAGCUAUUGAGGGUAUUAAAUGCUGAUCAAAAUUUAUACCUGGUUCAUGCUGAAGUAUAACUUUUUUUUAUGGUAUUAUUAUUUUAAUGGGAAUUAAUUUAGGAUAUUAACCUGAAUAAGAUAGGAGCAUUUCAAGUUCAAAGAAAACCUAGAGAACUAGAAAGUAAAGGAGCCAUAUUUCGCAUCAUCAGACAAUGUAUCAGUGUGUUCUGGACAGAAAGGAAAGAAGGAAAGAAGAAAAGAAGAAAACAGAAGGUGAGAGAGUAGCUUUAGAAGCUGCAUAACAUAAAAUGCAGAGGUUCAAACAGAUAGUAAUGUGGGAUGAUGAUCAAACGCUGGUUUCACCCGCAUGAACAUCUUUUAUUCAUUUGUAGUGAAAUCAACUCUUAAUUCAUUGAUACCCCCGUUUCAUGAUACUCCCAUUAUUUUCUUCUCCUUGCAAAUUUUCCUUGUUAGAACGCAAUCAGCCACUUGUUCUUCUCUCUGUUUAAUCUGGCUAAACAUCUGUGAAUCAGCACAUGACACCUUGUAACAUGAAUGAAGCAAUCCCUAACACACAGAUUGAUAAUGUCUUACCUCAGUUUGCUUGUAGGACUGCCAAGGCAAAUAACCCAUCGAUUGGGUGAUUUUAGGUUAUUAUAGUCUGACCCUCCAAAGUCCUAAUAUAUAUGUAGAAUGUCUAGAAUCAGGCUUUAUUGAGUGAUUUUUGGGGUUUUUUGCAAUAAGCGGAAUUUAGAGGGGCUGAAGUAACUGGUUUCUUUCUCUAUCUGGAUAAUCCAGUCUAUCUAAGUAGAUCGGCCUGGUUUGGAUCAGGUCAGACUUGCCCUCGUCUCAUCAUCGUGCACACAAUAUGAUCUUUUCAAGUCCAUAUUUACUAUGAUUGUGGUUUUUUUAUUUUUAUUUUUAGUUUUUGUUUUCCUCCAGAUGGCCUGCAUUUCCUAAUUUUGUGGAAUUUCAUCAUCUAUGGAAUUUAAGUCAGAAAUAGUAUCCAUAGCAGUGGAUUUUUUAAUUUUUUAACCUCAAAUAUCAAACUUGAUAUUGUCCCUUUGGGCAUCGGCUCCAGCUUGGAAAUAAAGAAAAGAUUCAUGGUAAAAAUAUGUAUUUAUGUGUUGAAAUUUGAUUUGUUGAAAAUCUGUAUUGAUUUAUGGAAAUAAAGAAAAGAUUCAUAUUGAUAGUCCCCUUGGGCAUUGGCUCCUGGUUGGAAAUAAAGAUAAGAAAUAAUAUGUAUUUAUGUUUUGAAAUUUGACGACAAUUUUUUUUAUAAUUUUUCUGGCCUUGUCAUAGAGAGAGAAACUCUAAUUUUAGCCACUUAUGGACUAUGUGAAAAACAUUAUUAUUAUUAUCUUCUCUAUUAACUCGGCCAUCGAGCAAGAACAAGAAACAUUAUUGAUGAUGAUGAUUAGCAACUUUGGGCGUUACCUGUUUGUCCUCAGUUUGAGGAGAUCUCCAACGACGACUACUUCUCCAAGAACAACGAGUUCUCAACCUGGCUGAAAGAAGAGAAGGGGACCUUCUUCUCAGAACUCUCCUCUGAAGCAGCAAGGGAGCUGUUCUUGAGCUUCGUCAAGCAGUGGAACCGGCAGAAGCUCAAUCCCCGGUACUACGAGGGCAUUGCGAAGGGCCCUCGGACAGGCCACAGCUGGAAGAUCAGAUGA